AUGAUUUCUCGAUCCGCCCAAAUUCUACGCCAGAUCGUUCAACCUCGAUCCAAUAUUACUUUCAAAUACACAUCCUAUCAAUCAGCAAAUACGAGCCAAAUUAUGUCUUUAUCUAUAGAAGAUCGACAGUCCAAAAAUAUACACACUGCGGCAUGUUUAGUGAUUGGUGAUGAAGUACUAGGUGGUAAGGUAUCUACUAGACUGUGGAUGUAUGUUACAACAAAUUCUGCAUACUUCGCAAAGUUUUGUUUCCGCCUGGGAAUCGUACCAUGCCCAAUUCAACUUCCCAGAAUUGAGGUUAUUGCAGAUGAUUCAUCAGAGAUAAUCGAAGCCGUAAGACGCAUGUCAAACAAUUAUGACUUUGUAGUAACAUCUGGAGGAAUCGGCCCAACGCACGACGACAUAACCUAUCAGUCAAUCGCUUCAGCUUUCUCUCUCCCAUUAUCUUUACAUCAAGAAACUUUUUCAUUAAUGAAAAAACUUUCCAAACCGCACCCUUCUCAGCUCGAAUUUUCCUGGGACGUCCCUUCUCCAGCGCUCACAGCAAAAAAACGUAUGGCGCAACUUCCAAUUGAUAACUCACGUUCUUUGUCGUCCCAAGUUCUCUUUCCUUGUGAUGACCUUUGGGUGCCCGUAUGUUGUGUUAAUGGUAAUAUUCAUAUCCUCCCGGGAAUUCCACGACUAUUCCAAAAACUGCUUGAAGGACUACAGCCAAUUUUACUGCCUCGCCUAGAUGAUCCAAAUGGUGAAGGAGUCGUACGGAUCCUAAUUAGUACUCCUUUAGCUGAGAGUGAAGUGGCCGGAUUCUUAUCAGAAUUGGCGGAACGGGUGGCAGACAAAGGAGUUAAGGUAGGUAGUUAUCCAAGGUGGGGGAAGAGUCGGAAUACUAUUUCGUUAGUGGGUAGAGAUAAGGAAUUUAUGGAAAGUCUAGUAGAUGAGGUCGAAAAAAAUGUCAGAGGGAAGCGGGUAUCAGUCGAGGGUGAGGAUGACAGUGACGUUGAAGAAAAGAAAGCCUAA